GCCAUGUGUCAUUAUGAUUUUAUGAGACAAUGACUGCUUACAUGUGAAGUUUUAAGGAUUCACGUGAAAAAUGUUAAUCCAUUUUGAAAUACCACAAAGUGCACAAAUUUAGCACAUCACCUUAUUCCGCACAUUUGGUCCAAAAUUUGUCGAAAUUCAAGAAAGUUUUGAUUUUUGCCCAUAUUGCUAUCUGUAUAUGAUGGUUAUACAUCACAAUUGCACUUGAUAUUAUCAUUAACAAUCAUUUCUAAUUAAUUAGAUAUAUUGCAAAAUGCGCGGAAUUAGGGUCUAAAUUACGGCACUUUGCGGAAGAUUCACAAAUAAGGAUUUAAUUCUUUCAAUGUUUUCUGGGAAUCGUGUGAAAAUUAUUUACGUUCACUUGAAAAAGUAAUCGAGAAUUGUUCCAGACUGUGUUGCCGAUUGUCCCUUUGUUUACCAGUAGUCCAUUUUACGAAACGACAACAAUUAUUGUUGUUGCAACCGCCUCCUGUCAAAAUUUUAUUUUUCAAAUAGACAAUAGGCAAUUCCAAAACAUCUAGUAGAAUGGACUUUGACAAAUUGAUUGCAUUGUAAGGAAGUAUUAUUAUUUUGGAAGUAUUAGCGUUAUAAAAGCCUUAAGUCGGUAUCUAAGAUGAGUGAAAAGCGAAGACCCAAUCAUUAUUGGUUAAUGGAUCCAUGGUACAAUCAACAAUACGUUAAAAAGCGCAAGAAAGCAGAACAGCCCCAGAGAACUACUACCGAUAAUCUUAUCAACGAUGGCGUCAAUGAGGUUUUCAUAGAAUCAGGAGAAAGUUUGCAAACAGAUACUUCUUCGGAUAUCUCCGAUGACAACAACACAAUCAAUCCAACAGAAGUAAACAGUUCAUUUUCAGUAGCAUCAGAAAGUGAAUUACCGGACCUUCACUAUAAUGAAUUACACGUUUCCAAUGAAGCCACAGAUCAGGAAGAUUCUCAAUCCGAUUUUAGCAGGCAAACGAGUUCGUGUAAUGCAUCGGAAGUGCCAAGUGAUUUCGAUAAUCAGAACAGGGAAGGAAUAGAGGAAUCGGUGAGAUGUUUUCUUAUGGGAUCCAACCACAAUGUUGCAUUAGAACUUUCACAAAAAUCUAUGAAGAUCUGACGAAAGAAACAUCAAACAUUGUCACUGUUCUAAUUAGCUGUUUGCAGUGGUGCAAAAUAUAAAAUUAGAAGAUCAGGAUCGAUGGAUUGCUAUUUCAGCGUUUGUGAAAUGUGAAUAAAGGCAGAAAUCGGAA